AUGGCUCCAAUACGAACAGGAGAUGUCCAGGAGAUUUCGACAACCAAGAUGAGCAAAACUUUCAACAAGACCAAUUUUAUGAAGGUCAUGGGGGUAGAGGAAGACGUUGCUGAAUGCUUGAGGGGGGACAUCCGUAAUUUGGUCGAGGAAUUAUUGGACCUUACAGAAGUGCUGAGCCAACAAAGUGAUCGCCUGGCGCGUUUGGACGAAAAGUUAUUAGAGGGCUAUCCCGAGAUUUUCGCUCGGGGAAAGGAGGAGAAGCUUCGAUGGGUGCGCAUUUAUGUCCAAAAGCAUCAUGGUUCACUUCGGCACGCUUGGAAGGCUGCACUGGGAGUGAAGACAGAGGAGGUGGACGAUCCCAUACCCAACAGACCACCGCCGUCCGGCGAUCUAACAGAACAAUCAAUCACUGGCAGCCAGAGCCCGGACAUGCGAUUGUCGUCUCCAAUAACGCCUGCUCGGUCAUCUGUAUCAGGCAGUCACCCUUCAACUAGUAGAAGGGUACCGCAGCAACGAUCUCGCUGCCCGUCUUUGGAACAAGAACCAAGGUCUUUCUUGCAAACGCCGCCAUCAUCUCAGAGACCUUUCGCCAACUGCCUCGGACUCCCAGAAACAGAACCCAACUCGAUACCGCCCUUCCCUCCCCAGCGCUGUCAGAUCGACCUCGACGUUCUCAAAGCCUCGUCAAACACUUCUCUGGAACGAACCUACGCGAGCUGGAAGGAGUGA